CUGUCUUUGUUAUACUGUGGCGGAGUGGCCUUCUACUGCGGCUUCAUUCCAGAGCAGCGAUGGGCAAGAAAACAAGAACGGGAACAGGGCGUAGGACUAUUUUACAGCUUUCACCGCCCGGGCCUCGCGGUAUCACCGCGGGAGGAACUAAUUCUCGGGAAGAGGCAGGUGGAUCAGCGUCCGAAGACGAGCAGGAGGGAGGUACCGAUGGCCAUGCUCCCGGCCCCCAAAACAUUGCGUUUGACACGAGGAACCCAGCCGUCAAGGCCACAGAGGGCCUGUCCCUGCUUGGAGCCUAUGAAGACAGUGAGGAAGAAGAGGAUGCGGUCUCUCAGCCAGCCUCUGGGAAGACAAAAUUAAACCAGUCUGCUGACAUCGAUAGCACAUUGGCCAACUUUAUGGCUGAAAUUGAUGCAAUCACCACACAGCCAGCCCAGUCAUCCGAGGAGUCCCCAGGAGACCUUUUGGCGGCAGACCCUAUCCCGCCCCGCCCUGACCCCAAAGAGCAGCAGCACAGUGCUGCCCAGAAUGGGCAGGAGCAGGCAGGCUCUGUGGCAGAGUUCCAGUAUGACACUCAGUACUCCCUGGCAGGAGUGGGAGUGGAAAUGGGAGAUUGGCAGGAGGUAUGGGAUGAGAACACAGGCUGUUACUACUAUUGGAACACUCAGACCAAUGAGGUUGUCUGGCAGCUGCCCCAUUACCUUGCCCACCAGGUGCAGGGCCUCCAGCAAUAUGGAGACAGUUCUAGUGUGACUGUGAAUGGCAGCAGUGCACAGCAGAGCUCUGUGUUUUACCCAGAGCAGAAUGUUGCUGUUGCUGCCACUGCACCUGUGGCCAAGAGGGAGGGGAAGAAGAAGGAGGUGAUAGAGAGUGUGGUCGGCCUGACCAGUAAAGAGGAGGAGCAGAAGGGUGUGGCGGCCUCUCUGCUGGCCCCGCUCAUCCCCGCAGAGGUGAAGGAGGCGGAGGAGAGGUGGAGGAAGAAAGUGCUGGGGCUGGGAGAAGAGGGGGAGGAGGGCCGGCAGGACCCGGAGGGAGAGGGUGUGUGCCACGCUCGAUCCCCCGGCGAAGCCGACGCCCACUCCCAAGGCAACCACCGCAGCAGGACCCAGUCCGCGGAGAGCUCAGAGGGAGAGGAAAUGGAGGAGGAAGAGACAGAGGAAGACACAAUGGAGUUAGAGCUGGCGCUGGAGAGGAAAAAGGCGGAGCUUCGUGCUCUGGAGGAGGGGGACGGCAGUGCAGGGGGCUCCAGCCCCAGCUCGGAGACCAGCCAGGACGGGGCGCGCGGCCUUCUGCUGAAGAAGUCCAAGUGGAAAACGGCCUUCCUGCGAGCGCCCAGCCCAGACUCUAACAGCCGCAGCUCAGAGAAGACCGGCAGGGACACCCCAGAGCACGCAAACGCAGCACAUUCCAAGACCUUAGAGAAGCCAGCAGAAGAGUCUCAGAUGGAGAUGGAGGCACUUGGAGAGAAGACCAAACACAGAACAGCCCCAAAGGAGGACGAAGAAACUGCUGAUCUUAAGUUCCAGAUUGGAGAGCUUGCCAACACUUUGACCAGUAAAAUGGAGUUCCUAGGAAUUAACAAAAAGGCCAUCUCUAACUUCCAGUUGCUGCUGCUACAGACUGAGACGCGGAUCGCAGAUUGGCGGGAAGGGGCUCUGAAUGGGAACUAUCUCCGCCGCAGGCUGCAGGAAGCUGCCGAACACAUUAAACAUUACGAACUUAACGCCGCCCCUAAAGGCUGGUCCUGCCACUGGGACAGGGAACACAGGCGGUAUUUCUAUGUGAAUGACCGGACCAGUGCUUCCCAGUGGGACUUCCCAGCUGUCGAGGACGAGGAGGAGGAAGAGAAGGGCAGCCAGGCCCCUCAGCCCAGUCCUGCUGGCCAGAGAGAGGCCAAGCCUCCCUCUGAGCCCCCUUCCGUCCUCACAGCGAAUCCUGCCUACACAGCUGUUGCCCCUGCGCAGACCGGAGUGCCAGCUUACUGGACAGCGCCCCAGCCCUCCCAACCUCCUCUCCCUCCCACUGACCCUCCUCCCCCGGCGGAAUACCCACCACCACCCCCUCCACCCCCCGAAUCCCCGCCCCCACCUCCUCCCCCGCCUCUCAGCGAUGACGGUGAAAUUGAGGAAGUCGAGAUGGAGGAUGAGGAAGGGGAACCGCCAGCCCCAGGGACGGAGGAAGAUGGCAGCCGAAAUCCUCCCUCGGUCCACGGCGCGUCUGCAAGCAAGGUAUGCGAGGCAGCAGCAUCCCCUGGGGCCCCUGCGAAAACCCUGAAACGCAAGGCAGCCAGCUCUCAGCUGCACAAGAGCGUCACCAUUGGCAGCAGUCCCAUCCUCUACUGCCAGACCACUGCUACAACUGCUUCCGCUGCCCCGGUAGCAUCUGCCCCAGCUUACUGGGGCGUUUCUGCUGUCGUCCCACCCCUCCCCCCUGCUGAGACAGCGGCUCCCCCAGGCCCGGCGGCCCCGACCCUGCCCCCCACUCCCGCUCACCUCCCGCCCAGUGCCACUGAUCCAAUGGCAGGGAAGAUGCUGCCUGCAGACAAGACCAAGAAGCUGAAGAAGGACAAGACCAAGAAGAAAACGAAGAUGCCAUCGCUAGUGAAGAAGUGGCAGAGUAUCCAGCGGGAGCUCGAUGAGGAAGAGAAGUCCAGCUCCAGCGAUGAAGACCGAGACCAGCUCAACAGCAGGCGCAUCGAGGAAUGGAAGCAACAGCAGCUUGUCACUGGGAAAGCGGGCAAAAAUGCUAAUUUCGAGGCGCUCCCGGAGGACUGGAGAGAACGACUGCUUAAGAAGAGGAAGCUAGCGCAAAGUAUAUAAUGGCUGCCUGCCUGCCUGUCUCGCGCACUUCAAGGACCUUAACCUUGGCUUUAAAGGAAGCUCAAACUGGCAAAGUGAUAGGACGGUUGUGUACAGAUUCACAGUCAUAUGUCCACACCCCUCACAUAGUAUUUGUGUGUGUACGAUAUGCAAUGGGUUUGAAUGUUUUUGUAUUGUAAAACCCAUGCCAGCAUUUUUUUAUUAUUAUUUUUUACAAGCCUGUGUAUAACUUGAAGCAUAAUUCCCUUGUCUCUGCUGGGUUAGCCCCUUUUCCCUUACACUGUCUCCUAGAGCUGUGCUGACUUUGAAAUGCAUCAUUUUUAACUCUGCACCAGUUAAUUGAGAAAAUUAUAUUUUACUGUGAACCUUGAAUUUCAUACCUUCCUUUGUCUCCUUUUUUGUAAAAAGGUUUUCUAUACAGCAUGCCCAAAAGCUAAAGCUUUGCAUCAAAUGCAAGUUAUUACACGCACAAUUUGACCCCCAGUUUCAAAGAAAGUCUUUCAUUUUUCCUCGUCCAAAUAGUUUAUUUCCAGCCAAAACUGAAUGUGUGUUUAUGAAGAGGUUCUCCUCAAGUAUUCUCCAGGGGGCAUUAUUAUUGUAUGCAGGUUAAAUGGUCAUGUUUGGUCUAACUGGAGUUGGUGCUCUACAGGAGUGUGUUGUGCUGUGCUGUGUUGGUGGAAGCGUCAUCCUUAAGAUUCACUCUGUGGCCACUGUCCACUAAUUAACCUUUGUCCUAUAUGUUAUUUUAUGCAUUUAUCAUGUCAUUUUUAAGUCGUCUUCUCCAAAGCACUGUAACACUACAUCAAAAAUUCAUGAAUCCAAACGUGCCAAUAUAAUUACUUCUGCUUUCACCUGGGGAAGUGAUUGGAAUCCCUGCCCUGUAACCAAUUUAUGACAACCCAGGUCAAACUUAGCCAUGAGAGGUCUUCUCCAAAGCCCUGUGUCAAGACUUGGAGAAUGCUCCAGGAGACAUCCUUUGAGGUAUAGGUGCAGUAUUUGCAGCAUAUAUAUUUCCAGCGAUAUUUGUGUAUGCUUCAUCUCGAACCUGUUUAGGGUGUUGAUGUUUGAAGUUGUUUCUUUGAUGAUAUGGAGAGA